AAAAAAAUGCAAUAAACCAAGGACGCUCUUGCAAAAUCACAUGAAAGCUUCACAUCCCCAACCUGUGGCCACCAUCACCACCGUCCAUUAAAAAACCAUCCCAACGCUUUCCUAACACACACUCACUCCCCCUAAUCUCUCCCACCACCUCUCCUUUGGAUUCCCCUCCUAAACCCGCCGGAAACCACCGUUCUCCGGCGGACAACUCCACUUUCAAUCACCAACCGACCCGCCACAGCCAUGUCCACUUCUUCCAUACCCUUCAUUUCUCUCACACCCAACAGCUCAAAACUUCUGCUAAAGCCAAGUACAUGCACACCGAGACUGAGACUAUCAAGCUCUUCAUUUUCGUGUGGUUCGUUUUCGAAGAGGGGGUUCAGAAAUGGGGGUCUGUCGAUAAAGGGUUGCUCGACGUCGCCGUUUAUAGGAAGAGUUGGGUCGCAGCGGAGGGAAGGGAACUCUUCGUUGCUUUCGUUUGGGAUAAACCCACCAACGGCUAUGUCCAAAGGAGCCGAACAGAGUGGUGAGGACUCGUCUCAGGUCUUAUCCGCAAUGCUUCCAUUUGUGGUUGCUGCCACUGCUAUUGCUGCUUUGGCUCAGCCUGCCACGUUUACUUGGGUAUCCAAGGAUUUAUACGCCCCUGCUCUUGGUGGGAUCAUGCUCUCCAUUGGAAUCAAACUUUCGGUCGAUGAUUUUGCUCUUGCUGUCAAAAGACCUUUACCACUCUCUAUGGGGUUUAUCGCACAGUAUGUGCUGAAACCGGCUCUAGGGGUGUUAAUUGCAAUGGCAUUUGGGGUGCCUAGAAUAUUUUACGCUGGGUUUGUCCUCACCGCUUGUGUUGCAGGGGCACAGCUGUCUAGUUAUGCUAGUUUCUUGAGCAAAGGAGAUGUGGCCUUGAGUAUCCUCCUCACUAGCUCCACCACAAUUGCCUCGGUGAUCGUUACCCCUCUACUGACAGGCCUUUUAAUUGGUUCUGUUGUUCCGGUCGAUGCUGUUGCCAUGGCAAAGUCAAUAUUGCAGGUUGUUCUUGUUCCAGUCACUAUUGGCCUUGCGCUGAAUACUUAUGCCAAACCAGUUGUCACCAUCCUUCAACCAGUGAUGCCAUUUGUUGCUAUGAUCUGUACUUCAUUGUGCAUUGGCAGUCCUCUUGCAAUUAAUCAAAGACAAAUUCUCUCUAUGGAUGGUCUCCGAUUGAUAUUUCCUGUUUUAGCAUUUCAUGCAGUGGCCUUUACUGUUGGAUACUGGGUAUCCAAAAUUCCAAGUGUAAGGCAAGAAGAAGAAGUUAGCAGAACACUUUCAUUAUGCACAGGAAUGCAAAGCUCCACCCUGGCGGGUCUCCUUGCAAGCCAGUUCCUUGGGAGCAGUCAAGCCGUUCCUCCAGCAUGUUCGGUUGUUGCCAUGGCCAUCAUGGGCCUUUUUCUUGCCUCUUUCUGGGGCACGGGUGCUCGAAUUCGAGACCUUUCUUCCCUACUAAUGCCUCAAACCAGUUCUACCAUGAAGGCUUCGUAGUGAAGCAACAACCAGAGAAAGUUAAUUCAGUGCAAUAGAAAGAGAUCCGGGGUGUUUGUGUGGAACACACCUCAACUGGGUUGGAAAGAAUAGUGCAUACAGAGGAUAAGGAACCAAAUAGACAACGGGAAACAUAGUUUAGGCGUAGACUACUUGUAAAGUUGUAAAGCUUUCUACACUACAGCUACAUGUUGAUGUUGCUACUUUGUAUAGGCCCUCAUUAAGGUAUAUAUAAAGGUUUGCAACUCUCA